AUGGAAUUUCUCAAGCAAACAAAACUCAUUCAACCGCCUCCAGGCACUGAUCCGCUACAGGCACGACCGGGGAAUACCACAUAUCUCUAUGCAGUGACUGUAUUUGUCUCACUUGGUGCGUUUCUGUUUGGAUACGACCAAGGCGUGAUGGGUGUGAUUGUCGCAGAUCAACGAUGGAUCGAUCUGAUGCACCCAAAGAACUCAUGGGUCACUGGAACGGUAGUUUCGCUCUAUGAUGUCGGAUGUUUUAUUGGGGCAAUGUCUCUUGGAUAUCUGGCAGAUCCUAUCGGCCGUGAGAGAACGCUGUCCGUCGCGUGUUUUGUCUUUGUUAUCGGUGCUGUGUUGCAAGCUGCAUCAUACACGAUUACGCAAAUAACCGUUGGUCGAGUGAUUCUAGGAUAUGGAGUCGGAGCAUGUGCAGGAGGCGUUCCACUAUACGUCGCCGAGCUGUCUCCUCCCGCAAUCCGGGGUCGAAUCGUGGCAAUCGAACAAAUGAUUUUAUGUUUCGGAGAACUGGUAGCCUUUUGGCUUAACUAUGGGUUCAAUUUCCUCAAGAUUGACGGCUGGUGGCGUAUCCCGCUGGCAAUUCAGAUCCUCCCAGCAAUCAUUCUUGGGAUAGGAUGCUGGUUCUGGGUGCCCCCAAGUCCUCGUUGGUUAGCUAGUCAAGACCGCCAUGAGUGUGCACGCGAAGUUCUCACUCGACUGCAUGGGUCCGAGGUAGCAGAGCUCGAGAUGCAAGAAAUCCAGUCCUCGAUUGAGUUUGAGCAUACCGUCAGCGAGGCUAGCUGGAAGGACAUGUUCAUGACGCCAGUGUUACGAGUGACAGUUCUAGGAAUGGCUGUGCAGUUCUUCCAACAGAUAACCGGAACCAAUUCUAUUCUGUACUAUACACCAUCUCUAUUUGAACGUGGUGGCAUCAAGAAUCCCCACACAGCCAACCUCGCCACUGGCGGUGUAGGCAUCGUACUCUUCGUCUUCUCAUGGGUACCAAUCUUCUUCUUUGACCGUCUCGGCCGAAAAACCUGGCUUCAAAUCGGCACUGUUGGAAUGAUGGGCGCUAUGAUUGGCAUCACGGUGCUUCAAUGGCAUGCCGAACAUAAUCCGGGAGACCCAGCCAACUAUACUAUUAUCAUAUUCCCAUAUUUGUUCUAUGUGUUCUUCAAUAUUAGCUGGGGUGUCGGAUCUUGGACUUAUGCAGCUGAGAUUUUCCCUGUCUCCAUGCGGGCCAAGGGAAAUGCCUUGACCACAGCAUCAUUGUGGACAGCAUGCUAUAUUGUUGCCCAGGCGAGUCCACCUAUUGCCGAUGCUAUCGGCUGGGGGUUGUACAUCAUCUACUCGGGGAUUUGUGUCAUCGCAUUCUUCUUUGUUCGAUAUGCCAUGGUUGAAACACGCGGCCGGACUCUCGAGGAAAUGUCUCGACUCUUUGGGAUUGAAAGCCACUUGGCCGAGCGAGUUGGUAUCAAGACGACUCCUGCGAAAGACCCUACCGAGGAGCAUAUUGAGGAUAUGGGGUCAUCGAGCCGGUAG